AGGCUCUCACUCAGAGUUUCAUCGACUCCGAGUUUCUUCAAUGAAAUCAGAGUCUCGAUUUUGCUACAGCUACCACAAACUGCCUCUGGAACUCUAGAGUCUUAUUUCAGUUGGUUUGGAAUCCAGCGAAUUUACCAAACGAAAACAUGACGAAUGCUAUGCUGUUGCCCAUCGUCCUUACUCUCUUGCUGUCGGCUUUCACAAGCCUUCAGCUCGUUAGUGCAGUGGAUAUUGUGUUUUGGAGUGGGAGCACUUGUGAUGGUGUUGGAGCAGGGUGUGUUAAUAUUGCUGCAGGUCGCUGCUGCAGGUAUGAUCCGAAUCGUCCGUCGGUAGAGUUCAAGUACUCAGCAUCUUGUAAAGGAGUAAAGGCCUAUGGUGGUACAAACUCCGGAUGUGGCACCCAAAUUGGAUCUGCUUCUGGAAGUGGGUGCUUCACCGGAGGCUACUUUAGUGGAGGAAAAUGGGUAAACAACAGUUGUCGCCGUCGCCAACUCUUGACAUCUAAAGUUGCUGGAAUUGAAUCGGAACAAUGCAUCGGCAGCUCUGCUCAAUGCACAGGAUAUGUGAAACCAAACGCACUGUUUUAUCGAGAGCCUUCGACCGAAGGCCUCUGGAUUCUGAACAAAAAAAACGCCACGGGACUAUUUGAGCAGCUCGCCAGCCUGCCUGCUCCAGCCAGAAGAGCCUGGCUCAAAUCCCACGGGGCUUCUCAUCAAUCUGAAACGGAACAGAUGAAAAUAUUCACGGUGGAAAAUUGAAACGACAGUUACGACGAUUGAAGUUCUGCUUGUACAUUUUCAGAUUACGGGGAAGGUAGGGAGAAUGUGGAGAGAGUGAGAGAGAGGGAGAGGGAAAGAAAGUGAGGGAGAGAGGCAGUAGGAGGCAGUAGUGGUAGUUGUAACUUACUAUAAAAUAUUUGUAAAGUGUUCAGUCGCGAGGUUAGCUGAUCAUCUGCGUUCUUCUCGGGGUAAGUAAUGAGAUAGAUGAGACGUGAUCACAUGUACUGCUCCGAGAUGAAGCCUACAAAAUUAAUAUAACGGACUGCAAGCGUGUUAGCAUGCAGUUCAGCGUUUUUGCUUUUUGCA